AGCCCUUUUAGCUCGGCUCUGUUGCUGUGGAAACGGUUGCUAUGUGAACGGCGCCGACAACCUUCCGAAGCGGCGGCAGAGACCAAGGUGGCCGCAAGAUGAAUCAAUCGAUGACCGUUGUUCGGUCGCUGGACCAUACUGGGAUGCGAUAUCGCAGGAAGAUGGCUCCUAACCGGGCUUUUGAUUUCCUCUAUGAUCCAUUGUAUGAGCUAUCAAGUGAAAAAGAUCAUACACAAGCAAAUGUCCAAGCUCAUCUUAUUCAUGAUGAAAUGAGGAAAGUACCAGAAUUUAAAACCAUGUUUAGUAAUUUGAUUCACUAUCCAUCGUACUUUGUGCAAUUGGAAGAAAAAACUCCUGUUCCUCCAUUCAUUGAUCGAAGAUGGAGAGGAAGGGCACAGCAACGCUUUGAGACUUUUCAGCACCUUGUGGUAGCCCCACCUUCACUUCAGGUGCCCAGAAUUGAAUAUGAAGAUCCUGAAAUUAGUGGAAGAAAUCGCUGGAAAUAUUUUGAACGACCUUUCAUUCCAUUUGAUAAGCCAAUUCCACUGAAUGUUGUUUAUGCAAUGUCAAAGCCAGAGCUACAAACUCCAGCAAAAUCCAAAGACAAACCAUGUCACAUUUCACGAACUGUGGAAACACAAACAGAUUAUCGGGAUGGCGAAGCUCAGACAGACCCCUAUAGUCCUGAAUACAUAGUUCCUUCAGGUUCAAUACCUGAAUUGUUAACUCUUGCCACGCUGACUUGGGGUCAUGGCCUUCCAGCAACUCAGGCAGAAGUGGAAGUAAUUGAAAGAGCCCGGGAGAAACGAGCCUGGGAGGCCACUCUUCCACCACUGAAUGAUGCUGCACACAUUGCAAAACGGAGGAAAAUGAUGGAGGAAAUGGAGAGAAAAGAGUGGGCCUUUCGGGAAGAAGAAAUAGAAGAACUUCAAGAAGUGAGACUAAACCUUCUAAAGGCCUUGCUGAUGAAACGAGAAGAGAAGCACAAUGAAUUAAAUGUCAGUUGCUUAGAUGAACACUGGUUUAAACUUAUGCAACAAAAAGAAAAGAAAGUGAAAAAGAUUCAACAUGAACACAUAAAAGCAAUCAGAAGAUUAAUAGCCAAGGGGAAAAAUGUAGAGGGAAAAUUAGAGAAAAGAAAUGUAAUUAAGGACUACACUGAAUUUGAAUCACAGCCUUAUGCUCCAUUAUCAAGGAUUGGCUACUUUCCAGAUAAUAAUGCAGAUCGUUAUGUAGUGAAGAAUUCCUUUCUCAACACCUAUGAAGGAUUACUUGAACUAGAAGCAUUUCUUCCUGAUUCCGUUACACAGCCCCGAACUGAAGCUCCAAAACCCAGAAGCUUAACCACAAAAGAUGGAUUCACUAAGCGGUCUGCUAGACUAGAGAUGGAAUUAGCACAGGUUUACCAGAUACUGCAAGACAGGAAAUAUCAUAUUAAACAGCCACGCAAGCCACUACGUUUUCUUCAGAAAUUAGCAAAGAUUGUGCCUCACCCACCCACUCCAGAACUGGAAACACCAUCACUAAUAGAUGAAGAGAGAGAAUUGGCUAUAAUUAUACUACAGAAAUUAAUACGAGGCAGAGCUAUCCAAAACAUGAUGUUUGAAGGAAAGGAAAAGCGUCUAGAAUUGAUUUCUGAGUUACGCACCACACAUGCACUUCAGGAAGAUGGACAGUUGUUGAAGAAGGCUGAAAAACAAGUGACUUUGGCCUUACAACGGCAGCGGGAUUUGCAUGAACAUAAGAUGUCUCUCAUGGAAAAGCAUUUGGCUCGUGUAGAAGGAAGAGUCCUUGUAAAUAUGUUGGAUUUCCUCUCUAAAGAACUGAUUCGACUACAGGAUGAGCGGAGAAUCCAUGCUUUUGCUAUGUUAGCAGAAAGGCAGCGCCGAAUGCGGGAAGCAGAGGAAAGUGGACGUCGACAGGUGGAAGAGAGACGCAGACGUGAAGAGGAUGAGAUCUUUAGACAGGUUGUUAAAGUACACCAAAAAACAGUUGAUUCAUAUCUAGAAGACGUUAUCUUGAACAGCAUGGAGAAUACAGCUGAAGAACAAUCUAGGGAAGAGAUUCAGAGAAUAGCUCUAGAAAUCAACAAUAUUGCUUAUGAAAUGGAAACACGCCAGAGUAAUUUACAGUCUGAAGAGAUUGUGGCAGAGCUAGUUUAUAGCUUCCUGAUCCCUGAAGUGAAAAAAAUGACCAUUAAGGAGAAAGUGAGACAGGCUCAGAGAAAGCAUAUUCAUGCCGCUCAUCAGAUUAUCCAUGGAAACACAGAGACAGCAGUAGAACAGCUCUUUUCCCCAGAGUUUCAACAGGCAAGCAGUGUAGAUAUUCCUCAGAUCGGAUUGCUUUCUGUUACACCUAUUGGUCAAGAUGUUGCUAAGCAGCAGGAAAUCAAGCCACCAGACAGUCAAAACCAGAAAGAUAAAAUGUAGGAAGCCAGCCCUUGCAUUGAAUCUGCCAGGUCUCCUGAACAAUGAAGCAAAAAUAUGGUAUGUGUAGAUGAAGGUUCUUUCUUGCAUUGCCUCCUUGAGGAUACUACAGUGUGUCUCUCUAGCGAGUGCCUUCCAGUCAGCAACAUUGUCAAUAAACUACUGCUGCUUUAAC